UUAAAGAAACACUCCCUCCCGCAUGUCAUUAUGUCCUCAAUGACGUCACGUCCGCGCCCCCAUCUGUAGUACCUCAUCAACACAAUGAUCAACUUCGUUUAUUAUAAUGGAAGACGUGCAUUUUUCUCAACAAAGGCUCAGAAAAUCUGUGUUGUGUAACUUGCUACUUCAUAUACUGCAACCGCAUCUGAGAUAAAAUCCCUGUCCAAACCCCGGUAAGCUUAAAUGUUGUAUGAUUUGGGUAGCUAGCUAACAGCUAGCCAUUAGGCUGCCUGUUUAUAUGGUAGGCCGCAGUCUUUUGUAUUUUGUUGAGCAUGCAUUUUUGCCGUCUUGGCGGAAAGAUUGGUUUAGCGAAAAUACAGGUUUUUUUUAUCUCGUGCACGUUACGAUAAGAUGUGUAAUAUAUGUAUGGCCUAUCAGUUCAUUGAUGCAACUAUCGGGUUUGUAUGUCAGCUUCCGGAAAAGUUGUUGAUCUGCCACAUGAGUAAAUGAGGUUUCUCCUUUGCCAAUAUAAUCCAUUCACCUGACAGGUGUGGCAUAUCAAGAAACUGAUUAGCAGCAUGAUCAGUACACAGGUGCACCUUGUACUGGGGACAAUAAAAGGCCACUUUAAAAUGUGCAGUUGUGGGGGAGUGCUGAGGAGUUUUUCUGCCUGUAAUACAACCCUUUUGUGUGGAAAAACUAAUUCUAGUUGGUUGAGCCUGGCUCCCCAGUGGGUGGGCCUGGCUGCCAGGAGGGUAGGCCGAUGCACCCCUGCCCAGUCAUGUGAAAUCCAUAGAUUAGGGCCUAAUUUAUUUAUUUCAGUUGACUGAUUUCCUUAUAUGAACUGUAACUCAGUAAAAUUUUUGAAAUUGCAUUUUUGUUCAGUAUAGUUAGCUAGCUGCAUUGGGGAGGAGUACAUGGAAUCAACUAUUACCAUCGCAAUAGCUACUAACUACACACAUAUUUGUUUAGUUAGUUGUAGUUUAGUUUGUCUUAUGGGAGAGGCAUGGGUUAGCAGAUAUUUCUAGACUUAGUAUUUUUCAGUCACAUUGUACUCGGGCCACGUUAUUAUCAAGUCAGGUGGAUAAAUGGCAAAUCACAAUUCCAAAUUGAGAAGCAUAUUGUUUAUGUCACUGUGACAUUCUUUCAUGAUCUGUCACUGUCCAUGUUUAGCUUAAUAUGCCUUAUAAACAUGAUCUUUGAUUUGGGUAUUGUAAAUGCAAAAUAACCUUUAUGGUUGAAAUGUAAAGUACCCACUCUUAAUUGACUACUGUCUAUGACAUCACCAGACUGCAGAAUAUCAUAGCAUUGCUAGAUGACCACAUUAUUUUUGAGCAGUGAUGCCUAUAGAAAUAGGAAAAUUAACCAACUUUUCGAAUCAUCAGGGUGAUUUCCUACGGUGUGAUCAGCUUAAAGAAAGUAGCGCUCAGACACACAAACACACAAGACGAAGAGAAACGUGGGAGUCUCUGUGAUGGCAGGCGGGCGAAGAGGGGUGAACCGCACUGCUUACUGCAGGCCUCCAAUGAACAGUGAGCCAGGCUCUGUCAACAACGGCAACCACUCUACCAGCUCCCCAGUCACAGGGGUGCGCUCUCGGACAAGGUGAGAGGACAUUGGGAUAGUAUGGGUUGACUGUGUACUACAUAGAACACUGUGACAUGUUGUUGUGACAUGUUAUUCCUUGAUUAUAGACAGCUGUUUUGUUGCAUAGUGUAGGCCCAUACCACAGUCCUGCUGUUAUGGAGGGUGAGAAUAGUAAUAAGCUAAUAGUCUUUAGAUAUCAACCUGUAGUAACACAAAGUCAUCCUUUGAUUUGAAAUGCUGUUAGGAAUAGCUCGGGUACGGGCAUAUCCAGUCCCCCAUUGGCAGCCCAGACCGUGGUUCCUCUGAAGCACUGUAAGAUCCCAGAGUUAUCCAUGGACAGGAACGUUCUGUUCGAGCUGCACCUGUUCUUCUGCCACCUCAUCGCCCUCUCUGUCCACUAUGUCAACAUCUACAAGACUGUGUGGUGGUACCCCUCCUCACACCCUCCCUCACACACCUCACUGGUGAGUCCACCCACACACUCCACUCUCACUGACUGAUGAUAUAUGACUUUGGUGCUGUUUGUUGUCUGUCUAAUUUGGCUAGUAGGGUUUGUUUAUGGCUGACUUUGGAGGUGAUUGGUUUGUGUUUAUUUGGUUGUGUGUGUGGUGACUUCAUUACCAUUGUAGGGUCAGCGAUAGCUUAGCUUGAGGCUGUAUGGUAGAUGCACAUCACUCACUCUAGUUAAUGACCACAGACUCCCGACGUAAAGAGUAAAAAACAAAAUAUACUUUAUUCCACAGAUUUCCAGUAUGUACAGCAGUGGUCACUUUCGCAGUCAAAAAGCAAGCCGAGAUCUACCGCUCAGACCUUUUUAAAAAUAUGACUUAAAAAAUGUAACAUUAACCUAAUAAAAACUGUUCUGUAAAAAUGAGGUUUGUGCAGUAUGCCUAAUACAUUCUCACAGCAUAUUGGCUAUAUGUCUGGCCUGCUCUUCUCAGACCAUAUUAUAUUUCAAAACUCUAGCUUUGAUAACAAAAUAGAUCAGUUAGUGUAGUACUUGCAAGGCACAGCUCAGCAUAAUUAGCUUUUUUAUUUUACUGGACUGAUGGUACUUGCAUCUGAUGGUCAUGGUGCUUUCAAGGUCAAAUCAAAUCAUGACGUCAGUGAUCUUCAGGUUGGGAAGUCGCAGCUCUAGAAAGAUGCCAGAGUUUCCGACUUGGAUGACCGUUCAAAGCGAUUUAUCCCAGUUGGAUCUAGUUUUGUUGUGUUCCCAGUUGUUUUGAACACUGGCAUUAGUCUCAGCGGAGGGAGGGAGAGCGCAGCAGAGGGUCUGCUUCUCACGGUCCCUGCGCUCUCCUUCCUUUCCUCCGGUGAGACUUACCAGAGAGAGGGGACACCGUCUUUCACCUGAUUGGCAAAACUCGAGUCGCACCGCAUCUGCCUCAUGCACAAAUCCAUGUUGUCCCUAUGAUCAGAGAAAGUAAAAUAUUUCUCAAUAUUAAAAGACACGACGAGCUGCUAAUAAUAAUACAAACGCAGGGAUAUUGAUACACUUGGCUACUCAUUCAUUGCAGCUGCAGCACGAGUGGAAGUAGGGAGAUGCAUGUUUUAUGUUUUGUAAUAGUGUUGAAUAAAAACUUAGAUGAACUCACUCAUAAAAACAACGCUCUUUGCUGUAUUCUUUGACAGUCUCUCUCUGGUCAUGGUUUUAAAAGUUAUGAAAUGUCAUGUAGGCUAGUAUCAAAUUUGCUGUGGCUGAGGUCGUGGAAGCUGUAGGCACGGGGAUUUGAGCUAUCCGAUUGGCCAGAGCAGUAGGCGCACCCUAUUUAGCCACAGAUCUCCCGGUUUGUCUUUUCAGACAAAUUAAAUGGUUCAAAAUGGGAACACUUUGCCUACCCGGUGCGCAGGGCUUCUGAAUCAAGUGUACCUACGGCCAACAGCGCAAAAUGAAGAAAAGAGUGCAAGCUAUUAUGCCUUUAUCAGACCAGAGAAUCUUGUUUCUCAUGGUCUGAGAGUCCUUUAGGAGCCUUUUGGCAAACUCCAAGCGGGCUGUCAUAUGCCUUUUUACUGAGGAGUGGCUUCCGUCUGGCCACUCUACCAUAAAUACCUGAUUGGUGGAGUGCUGUAGAGAAGGUUGUCCUUCUGGAAGGUUCUCCCAUCUCCACAGAGGAACUUUAGAGCUCUGUCAGAGUGACCAUUGGGUUCUUGGUCACCUCCUGACCAAGGCCCUUCUUUCACGAUUGCUCAGUUUGGCCGGGAGGCCAGCUCUAGGAAGAGUCUUGGUGGUUCCAAACUUCUUCCAUUUAAGAAUGACGGAGGCCACUGUGUUCUUUGGGACCUUCAAUGCUGCAUACAUUUUGUGGUACCCUUCCCCAGAUCUGUGCCACGACACAAUCCUGCCUCUGAGCUUUACGGACAAUUCCUUUGACCUCAUGGCUUGGUUUUUGCUCUGACAUGCACUGUCAACUGUGGGAACUUAUAUAGACAGGUGCGUGCCUUUCCCAUGUCCAAUCAAUUGAAUUUACCACAGGUGGACUCCAAUCAAUGUUGUAGAAACAUCUCAAGGAUGAUCAAUGGAAACAGGAUGCACCUGAGCUGAAUCGAGUCUCAUAGCAAAGGGUCUGAAUGCUUAUGUAAAUAAAGUAUUUCUGUUUUUUGUUUGUAACAAAUUUGCAAACGUUACUAAACUUAUUUUCGCUUUGUCAUUAUGUGGUAUUGUGUGUAGAUUGAUGAGAAAAAAUUAUAUUUAAUGUAACAAUGUGGAAAAAGUAAAGGGCUCUGAAUACUUUCCGAAUACACUGUAUAUAAUUCAUAUUAGUGGAUUCGGCUAUUUCAGCCACACCCGUUGCUGACAGGUGUAUCAAAUCGAGCACACAGCCAUGCAAUCGCCAUAGACAAACAUUGGCAGUAGAAUGGCCUUACUGAAGAGGUCAGUGACUUUCAACAUGGCACUGUCAUAGGAUGCCACCUUUCCAACAAGACAGUUCGUCAAAUUUCUGACCUGCUAGAGCUGCCCCAGUCAACUGUAAGUGCUGUUAUUGUGAAGUGAAAACGUCUAGGAGCAACAACGGCUCAGCCGCGAAGUGGUAGGCCACACAAGCUCACAGAAAGGGACCGCCGAGUGCUGAAACGCGUAGCGUGUAAAAAUCGUCUGUCCUCGUUUGCAACACUCACUACAGAGUUCCAAACUGCCUCUGGAAGCUACGUCAGCACAAUAACUGUUCGUCGGGAGCUUCAUGAAACGGGUUUCCAUGGCCGAGCAGCUGCACACAAGCCUAAGAUCACCAUGUGCAAUGCCAAGCAUCGGCUGGAGUGGUGUAAAGCUCGCCGCAAUUAGACUCUGGAGUAGUGGAAACUUGUUCUCUGGAGUGAUGUAUCACUGUUCACCAUCUGGCAGUCCGAUGGACGAAUCUGGGUUUGGCGGAUGCCAGGAAAACGCUACCCACCCGACUUCAUAGUGCCAACUGUAAAGUUUGGUGGAGGAGGAAUAAUGAUUUGUGGCAGUUUUUCAUGGUUCGGGCUAGGCCCCUUAGUUCCAGUGAAGGGAAAUCUUAACGCUACAGCAUACAAUGACAUUCUAGACGAUUCUGUGCUUCCAACUUUUUGGCAACAGUUUGUGGAAGGCCCAUUCCUGUUUCAGCAUGGCUAUGCCCCCGUGCACAAAGCAAGGUCCAUACAGAAAUAGUUUUUUCGAGAUCAGUGUGGAAGAACUUAACUGGCCUGCACAGAGCCCUGACCUCAACCCCAUCGAACACCUUUGGUAUGAAUUGCUACGCCGACUGCGAGCCAGGCAUAAUCACCCAACGUCAGUGCCCGACCUCACUAAUGCUCUUGUGGCUGAAUGGAUGGGGGGGGGGGGAACGAUAGUUACAUAUCACAAUAUUAUUUGGGCAGAUAUUAUAUCGCUACUUUGGCUCCAAGUAUCGAUUUUAGUAAAAAAAAAAAAAACUCAGGUAUUUUCCAUCAUAUAGUUUGUUCUCCAUCUUCUAUAAAAUCUUAUGUUUAAUUAGUGAGCCAACAUGUCAACUCAUUUUCUUACACUCUCUCUUGUCUCUGCGGCAGACAUAAAGUCAGCAAUAUGUUUGGGACAUCAAAUCGCAAUAUUGAAUCGCAAUACAUAAGUAUCUCAGGAUCUACAAUUAUUUCCACGGGGAUAACAAAAAUGAGGACACGGUCAGAUAACUGUACGGCUCCACAGAUAAACUACAACUAGCCUUCUAGAAUGUUAACAAAACCCACAAGCCGAAAUAGUGGACAUGAGCUGCUGCAUGAUCUCUUAAAGAGACAGUAUCCCAUAACAAAAAAGCAAGAGAACUGAAACAAUGUGUUGUAACAAACAAUGCAACAUAACUUAAACCAAUAAAUUUCUCUUAUAUUACAAACGUAGGCAAAAUCCUAAAUAUGCUCCUACAACCAUUGUGUGAGGGUUUGUUUGUAUUUGACCACAUUAGGUGGAGAUAGUAUCAGGUUUGAUAAUGGUACUACAGAUUUGAUAAAUGAUUGACAAUGUCCGGAUUGGAUGUGCAGUGUCCAUUCUUUGUACUUUGACAUCUGACAAAUUGAUGAACUACAUCUGAAAAGUGAUUCCUUUCUAAAUGUUAUCACUAUACUGUUAUAAAUUAUAUAACUUCUUAUGGCAUGCUAACUUAGUUUUCAGUAAGUAAUAAAACGUUUUGUGUCUGAUGCAGAACUUCCACCUCAUCGACUAUAACAUGCUGCUGUUCACAGUCAUCAUACUGGCUCGCAGGCUGAUUGCAGCGAUUGUUAAAGAGGUAGGAAUUCCCUUCGCUUUGCAAGUUUUGAUAUUAUAGAUUUGUUAUAAACAAUUCACCAAUGUGCAUCUCUUUUACUCAUGCAAGUGUUAUUCUGUGAUAUUUGUCAAUGUAUGUUUUUUCGGCACCAUUCUAUCUGUUUUAGUUUCUCUCAAACCCACUUGGGUCUAUAUUUCUGUCCCUCAGAAGAAUAAUACCAUAUUGUCAUAUAACAAACAUCAUGCCUGUCUGCCCCCCUUUUCUCUCUUCUCUCUCUAUCUGCCUCUCCAGGCAUCCCAGAGUGGGAAGCUCUCGUUCCCGCACUCUAUCUUCCUGGUGAUGGCACGGUUCGCUGUACUCACACUGACGGGCUGGAGUCUAUGUCGCUCCCUCAUAUACCUCUUCAGGACCUACUCUGUCCUCAGCCUGCUCUUUCUCUGUUACCCGUAAGUAUGGACCAGCUAUCAGGCUUCCACAACACAACCAUUCAAGCCUACUUCACAAUGACACAGAGACAGUCAGUCACCCCUGAAAUUAUUGUCACCCUUGAUAAAGAUAAGCAAAAGAGACCGUAUAAAAUAAAUAAUAAAAUUACCUAGCUAUUCUCAAAAUAUGGGACAAUUUAUUUUACAGUAAUAUAAUUGAUCAGAGAGAUGGAUUUUCUUGAACAAGUAAUAAACAAAAUUAUCAAAAAGAUGGGUGUGAAAAUGAUUGGCACCCCAUUUUUCAAUAAUUUGUGCACCCUCCCCUUGCGAGAAUAACAGCACUGAGCCUUUUUCUAUAAUGUUUUAUGAGAUUGGAGAAGACAUUGGGAUGGAUCUUAGACCAUUCCUCCAUACGGAAUCUUUCCAGAUCCUUGAUAUCCUUCGGUCUGCACUUAUGGACUGCCCUCUUCAAUUCAAACCACAGGUUUUCAAUGGGGUUCAGGUCCGGAGACUGACAUGGCCAUUGCAAAAUGUUGAAUUUGUGGUCAAUUAACCAUUCCUUUGUGGAUAUCUAUGUGUGCUUGGGGUCAUUGUCUUGCUGGAAGAUCUACUUGCGGACAAGUUACAGCCUCCUGGCAGAGGCAACCAAGUGUUUGGCUAAAAUGUCCUGGUACUUGGUAGAGUUCAUAAUGCUGUUGACCGAAACAAAGGCCACAGGACCAGUGGAAGCAAAACAGCCCCAUAACAUCAAAGAGCCACCACCAUAUUUUACAGUAGGUAUGAGGUUAUUUUCUGCAUAUGCAUCCUUCUUUCGACAGCAAACCCACCACUGGUUUGCAUGGCCAAAGACCUCUAUUCAGUUCCAAUCCAAGUGCCAAUGCCGUUUAGCAAACUCCAGGCGUUUACAUCUGUUGAUUGCUCUCAAUAAAGGCUCUUUCCUGGCAACCCUUCCAAAUAGCCUAUUGGCAUGGAGGUGGCAUGUAAUUGUAGAUUUAGAGACUUGGUGACCCAACUUCUUUAAUUCAGGGGUUCUCAAAGUGGGGUCCGCGGAGGUACUGCAGGGGGUCUGCGGCCAGAUCUAAAAGUAUUUGGAUACAUUUUUUAAAAAUGAAUAUUUCUAACAGAUUCAAUGAAAUGUAGGCCAAGCAAUCUGUGGAAUAAGUGUAGAGGGUGCAAUACAAUGUAAUAUUAUUAAUAUACAAUUUAUGUUCUUAACCCUGGGCAACAUGGGCCUGGGAGGCACACAGGGAUAUUGGUAUCCAUGGUGCUCCACCAAUUAUACAUUUUUCACCAAACUUAUGAUAUUUACAUUUUUUACAUAAAUGCACUGUAAUUUAAAGCUAGAAUCCUUAGUUGCUACAUCCAUUUUUGGUAUGGAAUACCAUGAUAUACCCAUUGAUUCUUGAAGAAUAUAACUUAUAAAUGUGUGUAGAAUUAUAGGAAAUUAGCUUGAAAACUGCAACAUUUUCUCUCCGAUGCCAAGAGGUGGGCCUUUACAAUGUUCCUUCCCAGGGCCGGAGCACUGCCGAAGUCAUAGUAAAACUCCUUGUUUGCUAUUUUAAAUCUCACUCGAGUUAUAAGCGGGUCCCUAAUGAAUAUGCUAUCGCAAAAGAGGUCCCCGGACCCAAAAAGUUUGAGAACCCCUGCUGUAAUUCUGUAAACUGUGGCACUUGGAUUUUUCUUGGCCUGCUGAACCAUCUUCCUCACUGUUCGUGGGGACAAGAUACACUUGGGUCCUCUACCAUGCAAGUUUACCACUGUUCCAGUGGUUUUAAACUUCUUAAUUAUUGGCCUAAUAGUGGUAAGUGGUAUAUAAUACAAAACAAAAAGAAUGAAGGUCAACGACCUUUUCAUUUGAGUUCUUUGCAUUUACCCAUAGUGAUGUACAGAGGUGUGGACUCAAGUCACAUGACUUGGACUCGAGUCUGAGUCGAGUCACAAAUUUGAUGACUUGAGACUCGACUUGAUAGAAAAUAAAAUGACUUGACUUGGAGCCUCAAGACUCAGGACUCGACUUUGACUUGAGACUGAUGACUUGAAAUUAUCUGGCCAGGUUUUGUAAUGUUUCUUUACUCAUUUUGUGGCACAGAGUCUCUGUGGAUUACUCUCCACGCAGUCAGAGCCAGUAUCGCACUUGUAAAAAACAGAUUGGCUAGUGAAACGCACGUUCAGAUCUCUGAUUGAACCAGCAAACUGUCAAUCAACACAGGUCGGGUGAGUUAGUGCAGUUAGAAGGUUUUGGGGGGUUGCGAGUGUGAAAUGUUUUAUUUUGAAAAAAUGUAUAGGCUACUGUUAGGUUCUAAACAAGUUUAUUCACCCACUGGGUCCCACAGCUGCAUAAGACAAAGACAUGUUUCCACCAGCACAAGUGUGUGUGUGUGUGUGUGUGUGUAUAUACCCCAAUUUGGGUGAAGUAUCCUCCCUUCCCUCUAAACAUUAUAUGUUUAUUGCUAGGCAGGAAGUUAAGUGAUGCAGGCAAUAUACUGUUCCUUCUUCCUUAAUGUGACCUGACCUCACUCCUCACUGAUCCACAGCUAUCAUAUAAAACACAGUUUAGCAAUCUGCUACGGACGCAUAUUUGACAGAACGAUAGGCUACCUGGUGAUUUAAUUGAUAAUUUUCAAUCUUCAGAAAGUAUUAAAACCCCUUUACUUUUUCCACAUUUUGAUGUGUUACAGCCUUCAUUUAAAGCUAAUUAAAUUGAGACAUAUACCUACACACAAUACCCCAUAAUGUUGAAGUGGAAUUAUGUUUUUAGAAAUGUUGUCUUGAGUCAAUAAGUAUUCAACCCCUUUGUUAUGGCAAGCCUAAAUAAGUUCAGGAGGAAAACUUUGCUUAUCAAGUCACUUAAUAAGUUGCAUGUACUCACUCUGUGUGCUUUAAACAUGAUUUUUGAAUGACUACCUCAUUUCUGUACCCCGCACAUACAAUUAUCUGUAAGGUCCCUCAGUCGAGCAGUGCAUUUCAAACACAGAUUCAACCACAAAAACCAGGGUGGUUUUUCAAUGCCUCUCAAAGAAGGGUACCUAUUGGUAGAUGGGUAAAGAAAAAUAUGCAGACAUUAAAUAUCCCUUUGAGUAUGGUGAAGUUAUUAAUUACACUUUGGAUGGUGUAUCAAUACACCCAGUCACUAAAGAUACAGAUGUCCUUCCUUACUCAGUUGCCGGAGAGAAAGGAAACCGCUCAGGGAUUUCAUGAGGCAAACAGUUACUUAAUGGCAGUGAUAGGAGAAAACUGAGGAUGGAUCAACAACAUUGUAGUUACUCCACAAUACUAAUCUAAAUGACAGGGUGAAAAGGAAGCCUGUAUGCAAUAAGGCACUAAAGAACUGCAAAAAAAUUCUGCUAAGAAAUUAACUUUUUGUCCUGAAUACAAAGUGUUAUGUUUGGGGCAAAUCCAACACGACACAUCACUGAGUGCCACUCUUCAUAUUUUCAAGCAUGGUGGUGGCUGCAUCAUGUUAUGGGUAUGUUUGUCAUCGGCAUGGACGAGGGAGUUUUUUAGGCUAAAAAGAAAUGGAAUAGAGCUAAGCAUAGGCAAAAUCCUAGAGGAAAACCUGGUUCAGACUGCUUUCCAACAGACACUGGGAGACAUGCACCUUUCAGCAGGACAAUAAUCUAAAACACAAGGCCGAAUAUACAGUGCAUUCGGAAAGUAUACAGACUCCUUGACUUUUUCCACAUUUUGUUACGUUACAGCCUUAUUCUAAAAUGGAUGUUAAAAAAUAUAUAUAUACCCCAUAAUGACAAAGCAAAAACAGGUUUUUAGAAAUGUUGGCAAAUGUAUGAAACAAAUUACUGAAAUAUCACAUUUUACGUAAGUAUUCAGAACCUUUACUCAGUACCUUUGGCAGCGAUUACAGCCUCGAGUCUUCUUGGGUAUGACACUACGAGCUUGGCACACCUGUAUUUGGGGAGUUUCUCCCAUUCUUCUCUGCAGAUCCCCUCAAGCUCUGUCAGGUUGGAUGGUGAGCGUCGCUGCACAGCUAUUUACAGGUCUCUCCAGAGAUGUUCGAUCGGGUUCAAGUCCGGGCUCUGGCUGGGCCACUCAAGUACAUUGAGACUUGUCCCGAAGCCACUCCUGCGUUGUCUUGGCUGUUUGCUUAGGGUCGUUGUCCUGUUGGAAGGUGGACCUUCACCCCAGUCUGAGGUCUUAAGUGCUCUGGAGCAGGUUUUCAUCAAGGAUCUCUCUGUACUUUGCUCUGUUCAUCUUUGCCUCGAUCCUGACUAGUCUCCCAGUCCCUGCCGCUGAAAAACAUCCCCACAGCAUGAUGCUGCCACCACCAUGCUUCACCGUAGGGAUGGUGCCAGGUUUCCUCCAGACAUGAUGCUUGGCAUUCAGGCCAAAGAGUUCAAUCUUGGUUUCAUCAGACCAGAUAAUCUUGUUUCUCAUGGUCUGAGAGUCCUUUAGGUGCCUUUUGGCAAACUCCAAGCGGCCUGUCAUGUGCCUUUUACUGAGGAGUGGCUCCCGUCUGGCCACUCUACCAUAAAAACCUGAUUGGUGGAGUGCUGCAGAGAUGGUUGUACUUCUGGAAGGUUCUCCCAUCUCUACAGAGGAACUGUAGAGCUCUGUCAGAAUGACCAUCGGGUUCUUGGUCACCUCCCAGACCAAGGCCCUUCUCCCCCGAUUGCUCAGUUUGGCCGGCGGCCAGCUCUAGGAAGAGUCUUGGUGGUUCCACACUUCUUCCAUUUAAGAAUGAUGGAGGCCACUAUGUUCUUGGGGACCUUCAAUGCUGCAGAAAUGUUUUGGUACCCAUCUCCAGAUCUGUGUCUCGACACAAUCCUGUUUCGGAGCUCUACGGACAAUUCCUUUGACCUCAUGGCUUGGUUUUUGCUCUGACAUGCACUGUCAACUGUGGGACCUUUAAUUAGACAGGUGUGUGCUUUUCCAAAUCAUGUCAAGGGGUAUGAAUACUUUUUGAAGGCACUGCACCUCAGUGGUGGUACUGUCUACAUGUCUAAAGUAGGGGUAUUAAUCUCUUACCUUACGUGGUCCGGAGCCGGCUGAUUUUCUGUUCUACCUGCUAAUUAAUUGAACACAAUCAGUGGAACUGGCUUCGAGGUCCAGAGUUGAGUUUGAGGGGUCUGAAGAUAGCUGUAAAAAAUUUUAUUACGAUAUUUGUGAGGAAGAAAAUGGCUACAGACACCAUGUUUUCCAUCCGAUCCUGCAACCUCCGCUGCAUACAGGUAGGCCUUAUGAUCCUGCUUGCUCUAGACUCCAGAGAAGUGACAAUGUGACAUGAUAUCCCUAAUUGAUAUUGAUUGCUAACAUGAAUGACUUUCAGCUCAAAAUGCAGGUGUAAAAUGCUAUUUAUGCGUUUUGAAAAUGCAGCACCGUUUAUGGCUUUAAUGACAGGCUACAUUUGCGCAGCGAUUGUGAGCACCUGUCCGCCCUGUGCGUGCCCGGGGGCUUUGAACCACUGAUUUGGCAAACAGUUUGUUGGUUUUCUGUACGCCUACAGCUAGGAUCAGGUGCAGUGCAAACGUUAAAUUGUAUGAAGAGUUUUGCCAUAAAUAAAUAUGCAUCUCCCAAAACAAUUGGUGAUCAAUAAUAUUAACUGUUUACUUUACAAGCUCACCAGCAGUGGGGCAUCAAGCAACAAUUACUAGCAUAGGCCUACUGGUCUUUUGGUAUGUCAAAAUUGCUUGAAAUUGAUGAUUUACUUAUGAAGCUUGCAUUUGGAAUUUUGUUAAAUUAAUUAUCACAUAAUCUAAAUGUGUUAUAGUCAAAAUAAUGAGAAGGGCUGUCUGGUUCCUCAAUAAACAGAUUUGUAGUUUAACAAGUAUAGAUGUUUUUUUACUUGACUUGAAGUUCCUCUGUGUCCACAUCACUAAAGACCUAUCAUGGUCCAAACACACCAACACAGUCAUGAAGAGGGCAAGACAGCGCCUCUUCCCCCUCAGGAGGCUGAAAAUAUUUGGCAUGGGCUCUCAAAGUUAUACAGCUGCACAAUUGAGAGCAUCUCGCUGCAUCACCGCUUGCUAUGGCAACUGAUUGGCAUCCGACCGCAAGGCGCUACAGAGGGUAGUGCGUACGUCCCAGUACAUCACAGGGGCCGAGCUCCCUGCCAUCCAGUACCUUUAUACCAGGCGGUGUCAGAGGUAGGCCCUAAAAAUUGUCAAACACUCCAGCCACCUAAGUCAUAGACUGUUCUCUCUGCUACUGCACAGCAAGCGGUACUGGAGCGCCAAGUCUGGGACCAAAAGGUUCCUGAACAGCUUCUACCCCCAAGCCAUUAGACUGCUGGACAGUUAAUCAAAUGGAUACCUGGACUAUUAACAAUCAUGACGCAUGUGACAAAUAUAUUUUGAUUUGAGACUUGACUUGAAAAAAUUUGACCCGUUCUAUUUGGGACUCGACUUGAGACUCGGACCUUGAAACUUGCUUGCGACUCGAAUAAUAGUGACUUGGUCCAGCCUCUGGUGAUGUAUGACAAAUGGAUUUUACAUGCUUGCUACCUAAUUUUAAACCCCAGUGAAACCGGAAGCCAUGGAAGGCCACAAUACAAUUCCUUAAGCUAAGAUUAACUUUUAUUUUUAUGAAUCUUUAGGGGUGCCAAUUUUGUAUUACUUGUUAAACAAAAUGUCUUUCUCUGAGCAAUUCUAUUAAUAUAAAAUUAUGCAUACAAUGUAACUCAAUAUUUGUUUUGUUUUAUACAGUCAAUUUUGCUCAUCUUUAUUGAGGGUGCCAAUAAUUUGAGGUGACUGUACAUUUACUUAUUCACUGCCCAACAACACUGUCACUAGUAUCAACCUUCACUAGGGAUCAGAACCCUUGUCAAGCUCAACGACUCUGAAUGACUCCAGUGUCUCUGCUGUCCAUACAGCUCAAGUCGGUCAUCAGUGUCAACUCAAUUCAAGAUUAGAUUUGAAUAGACUAAAAUAUACCCAUGUCAGAUUGGAAUACAUUGUGACCUGAAAGCUCUGCAAUCCCCUGUUUCCAAAGGUUCGGUAUGUACAUUCCCUUUUUCCGGUUAAACUGCGACCUCCGCCGGGACUUGCCGCUCUCACCCAUCGCUAGCAUCGGGUCGAAGGAGGGGGGCAGCAUGGGGCGUGGGCGGGACUACAUGACGGCUCUGAAGGAGACAUGGAAGCAGCACACCAGCCAGCUGUACGGGGUCCAGGCCAUGCCCACACAUGCCUGCUGCCUCUCCCCAGACCUCAUCCGCAAAGAGGUGGAGUACCUGAAGAUGGACUUCAACUGGAGGAUGAAGGAGGUGCUGGUCAGCUCCAUGCUCAGUGCUUACUACGUGGCCUUCGUACCUGUAUGGUUUGUUAAGGUGAGUAAAUAUAACUGACUUCCCUGCCUUAUCUUAUAUGUGUUGAGUGAUCUGCUAAUCCAGUUCUCUAUGAAGUAGGGUGCUGUGACAGAUUUGUUAAAGGAGGGUCUACCGUCAGAGCUCUCUUUGUUUUUGCACCAUAGUGCAGCACUGUUAUAUAUCGCCAAUUAGAUUUGUCAACAUAAUCUAGAAUAGAUACGGUGAGGGGAAAAAAGUAUUUGAUCCCCUGCUGAUUUUGUACGUUUGCCCACUGACAAAGAAAUGAUCAGUCUAUAAUUUUAAUGGUAGGUUUAUUUGAACAGUGAGAGACAGAAUAACAACAAAAAAAUCCAGAAAAACGCAUGUCAAAAAUGUUAUAAAUUGAUUUGCAUUUUAAUGAGGGAAAUAAGUAUUUGACCCCCUCUCAAUCAGAAAGAUUUCUGGCUCCCAGGUGUCUUUUAUACAGGUAACGAGCUGAGAUUAGGAGCACACUCUUAAAGGGAGUGCUCCUAAUCUCAGUUUGUCUCAGAAGCAAUCAAUCAAUCAGAAUCCAAACUCUCCACCAUGGCCAAGACCAAAGAGCUCUCCAAGGAUGUCAGGGACAAGAUUGUAGACCUACACAAGGCUGGAAUGGGCUACAAGACCAUCGCCAAGCAGCUUGGUGAGAAGGUGACAACAGUUGGUGCGAUUAUUCGCAAAUGGAAGAAACACAAAAUAACUGUCAAUCUCCCUCGGCCUGGGGCUCCAUGCAAGAUCUCACCUCGUGGAGUUGCAAUGAUCAUGAGAAUGGUGAGGAAUCAGCCCAGAACUACACGGGAGGAUCUUGUCAAUGAUCUCAAGGCAGCUGGGACCAUAGUCACCAAGAAAACAAUUGGUAACACACUACGCCGUGAAGGACUGAAAUCCUGCAGUGCCCGCAAGGUCCCCCUGCUUAAGAAAGCACAUACAUGCCCGUCUGAAGUUUGCCAAUGAACAUCUGAAUGAUUCAGAGGAGAACUGGGUAAAAGUGUUGUGGUCAGAUUAGACCAAAAUUGAGCUCUUUGGCAUCAACUCAACUUGCCGUGUUUGGAGGAGGAGGAAUGCUGCCUAUGACCCCAAGAGCACCAUCCCCACUGUCAAACAUGGAGGUGGAAACAUUAUGCUUUGGGGGUGUUUUUCUGCUAAGGGGACAGGACAACUUCACUGCAUCAAAAGGACGAUGGAUGGGGCCAUGUACCGUCAAAUCUUGGGUGAGAACCUCCUUCCCUCAGCCAGGGCAUUGAAAAUGGGUCGUGGAUGGGUAUUCCAGCAUGACAAUGACCCAAAACACACAGCCAAGGCAACAAAGGAGUGGCUCAAGAAGAAGCACAUUAAGGUCCUGGAGUGGCCUAGCCAGUCUCCAGACCUUAAUCCCAUAGAAAAUAUGUGGAAGGAGCUGAAGGUUCGAGUUGCCAAACGUCAGCCUCGAAACCUUAAUGACUUGGAGAAGAUCUGCAAAGAGGAGUGGGACAAAAUCCCUCCUGAGAUGUGUGCAAACCUGGUGGCCAACUACAAGAAACGUCUGACCUCUGUGAUUGCCAACAAGGGUUUUGCCACCAAGUACUAAGUCAUGUUUUGCAGAGGGGUCAAAUACUUAUUUCCCUCAUUAAAAUUGAUGUUUUUGUUGUUAUUCUGUCUCUCAUUGUUCAAAUAAACCUACCAUUAAAAUUAUAGACUGAUAAUUUCUUUGUCAGUGGGCAAACGUACAAAAUCAGCAGGGGAUCAAAUACUUUUUUCCCUCACUCAUUGCUUGAUGCCUGCAGUUAUAAUGAGUCUCUGAGGUGCUGUGCUUUUCUGGCUGCUGACUCUGGUUGUGUGCUGGUCCUCUCCAGAGCACACAAUACGUGGACAAGCGCUGGUCCUGUGAGCUCUUCAUCCUGGUGUCUGUCAGUACCUCAGUUAUCCUCAUGAGGCACCUGCUGCCCCCACGCUACUGUGACCUGCUCCAUAAGGCUGCAGCACACCUGGGCUGCUGGCACAAAGUGGACCCUUCUCUCUGCUCCAAUGUCCUGCAGCACAUGUAAGUACUACUAGUGAGGAGGCAUCACAGCCUAGGGAGCGCUGAUGAUAUCACUGAGGGUUUGGGAGGGACUAUAACUCUGUAAUUACGCUAUUAAUAACAUGUAUUAAUAUUGUUGUUACUCAGUGCCGUUUCUAGGCAUAAGCGACAUAAGCGUCCGCUUAGGGCCCCGCUUAUGUCGCUUAGUAACAAAACAAAUUAAGAAGUAAGUCGGGGUUUAAACUUACUGUUAGUUAGGAUAGCAGAAUAAACAACUUGUAAUUUCAAAAUUUGGUAGUGCAUCAGCAGUUUUCCUCUUGUUAGGUCAGUCACUCAACAUUCCAUGAGACUUUUGAGAAAAACAUGCAGGGCUUGACAGUAACCUGUUUAUCCACUUGUCCUUCAGACAUGGAGGUGACUGAAAACGUUAUUGUGUUUGAUGCAAGAAACCAUUAUUAUUCCCAUACCAUUAUUACAGAGAAUAAGACAAAUAAUGCUACCCUCUGCCUAUUGGCUACUUAGCUUAUUCAAGCCUGUGUCAAAAUUUUACACUGCCCCUUUAAGACAUAAAAACAUCUCUUUAGCUGACUUGCUUUACAAAGAUGUCUAGAAAUGUACACGUUUUGUGCUCUUGUAGGAAGCAAUCACUCUCCUAUUGCUGACUACAAAUGAUCUAUAACUGGGCUAAUAACUCAUUAACUAGCAAAGGAUAUGAACAGAAUGUGCACAGGUGGCUACAUGAAGCUCUUGCUUUGAUCUCAAAACAAGGGCAUCUACUCACGACCCCAGCUGUAAACACAGUCCAGUUCAAAGUAAAUGUCACAGAUCCACAUUAUGGCAAUGGGCUAUUUGCAUAUAGGCCUACUGCAGCUCUGAUUGGUUAUGCCACACCGGUCUGUGUAGAGUACGGGCUGAGUCGUGCACAAUAGAAUCCUACUCUGAUGCAUUCUGCCUACAACAAACUCUCUUGUUGCAUAGUUUGUUUUGUUUUGGUAUGUUGAAUUGAAAGUGGCUAAUAUUGCGUUGAUUUGAUCACAACUGCCACAGUAAAUGGAAACGUUGAUAGUGUUAAGUAACAGGAAAAACCCUAUCUAGUGCUUCUCACCUUGGGCUGAUUCUGCACGGCAGUCCCGGGGAGCUGCACUGCAGUCUCGGGCUACGGGAACAUUGCUUGGUAGCUAGUUAUGAGGUUGGGAGAUUGGGAACCUAGCUAACUAAAGCCAACUUCAUAAAAUAUCUAGGUGGCAAGUAUUACAGAGAAACAACAAAACAUUUUAGUUUUUUUUUAAUUCAUCAAGGAAUCAAUACAUAGCUUGAUCAUUCAUCAAAUAAUCAAUAUAUAGCUUGAUCAAAUUAAUUUACAAACAUACCUCCUGUGAAUCCUGCCCAUCACCGGCAGCUACAAUCUAAUAGAAUGCUGUGUCACUCUACUCGCUCUUUGCCCCGUCAUAUCUUCGCUUAAAAAUGUUCAGUCAUUAAUGUAACAUCUGAAAUAAAUCAAGAACAGGACUAAUCUGAGGGGGCACAUGCCCUUGUGCCCCCUAUGGGCAUGACACCUCUGUGUAUAUUACUAGGGUUAUUACAGUGUUAUGCCAUCCGUAUAACAACUGAAUAUAAAUAAUUCAUCUGGUAUUUGAACCCCCCUUUUUUGUUGUUGAUAAUAAUGAUGAAGACAAACUGAAAAAAGGCAGAAAGUGGGUAACGCAUCAUAAACAUAAGAAAAUCAAAUGUACAUUUUACAUUUACAUUUUAGUCAUUUAGCAGACGCUCUUAUCCAGAGCGACUUACAGUUAGUGAGUGCAUACAUUUUUCAUACUGGCCCCCCGUGGGAAACGAACUCACAACCCUGGCGUUGCAAGCGCCAUGCUCUACCAACUGAGCUACAGGGGACUAAUAGCAACAGAUACAAUUUCAUGGUACAAUUAGUACAGAUAUGUCUUCAAAGCCAUUCUCAGCAGGUAGCAGCAUAUAUGAUAUCAUGGUACAGUUAGUACAGAUAUAUAUUUUAAGAGCUAUUAGCGGCAGAUCGAGUUUCAUAUAGCAAUCUCAAAAACUGCCAGUACAGCAAAAUGCUGAGCAUACAAAUAUUGAUAUUUUCAUUGACAACGUGUGUGUACAUGAAACACAGGCACUCGCUGGAACUUAGAAGGUUUAACUGCCUUCUAAGAGCCUCUCUCAAUAAAGGACAAAGGGGGGGACCAUACCUUUACAAAUGUGGAUCCACGGUUCUACAAAUCCAUUUAGUUAAUUUCUCUAAUGGCAAAAAGUCUGCAACCAGUUUUAACCAUAGUUGAAAAGUAGGUGGAUUGUAAUUUUUCCAACACACGAAUACAUUUCAUUGCAAAGUAGGAAAUGGUUAUUAGAAACCUGGGUCAUGCAGAAAGACAAUGAUCCCAAACACACAAGCACGUCAACAUCAGAAUUGCUGAAAAGCAACAAAUGUAAUGUUUUGGAAUGUCAAAGUCCAGACCUAAACCCCAUUUGAAAUAUUAUUGCAGGACCUGAAACGAGCAGUUCAUUCUCAAAAAGCCACAAAUGUUGCUGAGGUUAAAGCUGUUCUGCAUGGAAGAGUGGGCCAACAUUCCUCCACAGCGAUGUGAAAGACUGAUCAACAACUACAGGAAGCAUUUGGUUGCAUUCAAUGCAGCUGAAGGUGGCACAACCAGUUACUGAGGGGCAAUUACUUUUUCACAUGGGCAUUGUGUGUUGCAUAACUUUGUUAAUAAAAUAAAUGAAAUAAUUAGCAAAAUGUUAUGUUAUUCAGGUUCCCUUUAUCUAAUAUUAGAUUUUGGUUGAAGAUCUAAAAACAUUCAGUGUCAAAAAUAUGAAAAAAUAGAUGAAAUCAAAUGGAGAAAAUCAGGAAGGGGGCAAAUACUUUUUCAUGGCACUGUAUGGAGGCCCACCUCUAAGAGCACAUUGGGCAAGUCAGAGUUACAGGAAAUAGGAGCAGGUAAAGAAAGCGUAUUUGAAAUACCCAAGUAUUUUCUACAGUCUGCCCAAGCCAUUAGUGUGUUGUACAUAGUGAAGGUCUUUAUUAUCACAAAUAUGAUAAAACUGAUUUACAAACACAAGACUCUUCAGAGGUAAAGAAAGGCUUGAUUUGAGAUUCAAUUUCAACCAUAGGGAGUCCUGUCUGCCCAUAAUCCAGGACAUCAAAUUACGAGUUUGGGCAGACCCAGACCCCCCCAUAGACUCAGGUUUGACCAGAGUAGAGUACUUAAUUCUGGGGGUUUGUUAACACCAUAUAAACCUUAAUACACAUUUUAUUCAGAGAAUCAAAAAAAUAAUAUGGUGAAUAACAGGAAAUCAUUUGAAUGAGAUGAUUAAAUCUGGAUAGAACGUUCGUUCAUCCUCACUAUGUUAAUCCGUCCAAUUGUAGUCACAGGGAGAGUGGACCAGCGAAUCAGGUCUUUAAUUUUGCCAAUGAGGGGAGUGUAGUUUUCUUUAAACAGAUUCUUAACGGCUGGGGUAAAAUAUUUUCCCAGAUAUAUGCAUCCAUUUGGCUUCCAAGAGAAAGGACAGACUAAACUCUGUUUAUCUGAUAGCUGGCUAUUUAACAGACAAGCGUUAGAUUUACUAAGAUUUGCUUUGUAUCUAUUUGAACCCUCUUCUCUCUCUUCCUCCUACAGAUGGACGGAAGAGUACAUGUGGCCCCAGGGUGUCCUGGUCAAACACAAUAAGAAUGUAUACAAGGCCAUAGGGCACUACAAUGUGGCUGUCCCCUCAGAUGUCUCCCACUAUCGCUUUUACGUGAGUAACACCAACUGCAAGACUGUUCAAAUCAAAUCGAAUUGUAUUUGUCACGUGCCGAAUACAACAGGUGUAGACCUUACAGUGAAAUGCUUACUUACAAGCCCUUAACCAACAAUGCAGUUUUAAGAAAGAAUACCAAAAAACACAAAAAAAUACAAUAUAAAAUAAUACGAAAUAAAAGUAACAAAUAAUUAAAGAGCAGUAGUAAAAAUAACAAUAGCAAGGCUAUAUACAGGGGGUACCGGUACCGAGUCAAUGUGCGGGGGCACCGGUUAGUCGAGGUAAUUGAGGUAAUAUGUACAGUUGAAGUCGAAAGUUUACAUACACCUUAGCCAAAUACAAUUAAACUCUUUUCACAAUUCCUGACAUUUUAAUCCUAGUAAAAAUUCCUUGUCUUAGAUCAGUUAGGAUCACCACUUUAUUUUAAGAAUGUGAAAUGUCAGAAUAAUAGUAGAGAUAAUGAUUUAUUUCAGCUUUUAUGUCUUUGAUCACAUUCCCAGUGGGUCAGAAGUUUACAUACACUCAAUUAGUAUUUGGUAGCAUUGCCUUUAAAUUGUUUAACUUGGGUCAAACAUUUCGGGUAGCCUUCCACAAGCUUCCCACAAUAAGUUGGGUGAAUUUUGGCCCAUUCCUCCUGAGAGACGAUUUUUCAGUUCUGCCCACACAUUUUCUAUAGGAUUGAGGUCAGUGCUUUGUGAUGGCCACUCCAAUACCUUGACUUUGUCCUUAAGCCAUUUUGCCACAACUUUGGAAGUAUGCUUGUGGUCAUUGUCCAUUUGGAAGACCCAUUUGCGACCAAGCUUUAACUUCCUGACUGAUGUCUUGAGAUGUUGCUUCAAUAUAUCCACAUAAUUUUCCUUCCUCAUGAUGCCAUCUAUUUCGUGAAGUGCACCAGUCCCUCCUGCAGCAAAGCACCCCCACAGCAUGAUGCUGCCACCCCCAUGCUUCACGGUUGGGAUGGUGUUCUUCAGCUUGCAAGUACCCCCUUUUUCCUCCAAACAUAACAAUGGUCAUUAUGGCCAAACAUUUCUAUUUUUGUUCAAUCAGACCAGAGGACAUUUCUCCAAAAAGUACAAUCUUUGUCCCUAUGUGCAGUUGAAACCGUAGUCUGGCUUUUUUAUGGCGGUUUUGGAGCAGUGGCUUUUUCCUUGCUGAGCGGCCUUUCAGGUUAUGUCGAUAUAGGACUCGUUUUACUGUGGAUAUAGAUACUUUUGUACCUGUUUCCUCCAGCAUCUUCACAAGGUCCUUUGCUGUUGUUCUGGGAUUGAUUUGCACUUUUUGCACCAAAGUACGUUCAUCUCUAGGAGACAGAACGCGUCUCCUUCCUGAGCGGUAUGACGGCUGUGUGGUCCCAUGGUGUUUAUAGUUGCGUACUAUUGUUUGUACAGAUGAACGUGGUACCUUCAGGCGUUUGGAAAUUGCUCCCAAGGAUGAACCAGACUUUUUUGAGUUUGAAGCUAGGCCUUGAAAUACAUCCACAGGUACACCUCCAAUUGACUCAAAUGAUGUCAAUUAGCCUAUCAGAAGCUUCUAAAGCCAUGACAUAAUUUCCUGGAAUUUUCCAAGCUGUUCAAAGGCACAAUCAACUUAGUGUAUGUAAACUUCUGACCCACUGGAAUUGUGAUACAGUGAAAUAAUCUGUCUGUAAACAAUUGUUGGAAAAAUUACUUGUGUCAUGCACAAAGUAGAUGUCCUAACUGACUUGCCAAAACUAGUUUGUUAAUAAGAAAUGUGUGGAGUGUUUAAAAAAACAAGAUUUAAUGACUCCAACCUAAGUGUAUGUAAACUUCUGACUUCAACUGUACAUAUAGGUAGAGUUAUUAAAGUGACUAUGCAUAGAUAAUAAACAGAGUAGCCGCAGUGUAAAGGGGGGGGGGGGGGGGGGGGGGGGGCAAUGCAAAUAGUCUAGGUAGCCAUUUGAUUAUAUGUUCAGGAGUCUUAUGGCUUGGGGGUAGAAGCUGUUUAGAAGCCUCAUGGACCUAGACUCCGGUACCGCUUGCCGUGCUGUAGCAGAGAGAACAGUCUAUGACUAGGGUGGCUGGAGUCUUUGACAAUUUUUAGGACCUUCCUCUGACACCGCCUGGUAUAGAGGUCCUGGAUGUCAGGAAGCUUGGCCCCAGUGAUGUACUGGGCCGUACGUUCUUGUUUGCACCUCAGGCAGCCAAUGCUGAAGGACUGUACUUCCAGACAUUUGUUUGUUCAAUAACAACAUGCCUCCUCUUUUGUCUUUUUAUCCUUUAGUUUUUCUUCAACAAGCCCUUACGAAUAUUGAACAUCCUCAUCAUCUUGGAAGGUGCGAUGAUAUUCUACCAGCUCUACUCGUUGAUAUGCUCAGAAAAGUGGCAUCAGACGAUAUCCUUGGCUUUAAUUCUCUUCAGCAACUACUACGCCUUCUUCAAGCUUCUCAGAGACAGAAUAGUCUUAGGCAAGGCCUACUCAUACUCCAAUUGCUCAUCCGACCAGAAGAUAAGUUAGACAUAAGUUAUUGUUGGUUAUUUGUCAUGGAACAAGAAAACACGCAUGAGAGCUUUGUAUUUUUUCUACAACUGCAUUUUGUGUCACUGAUUUUGUUCUGAGCUGCCAUAAUAAAAAUAAACAUAUUUUUGUAUUCC